GCCGCUUAACACCCACUCCCCGUCGCCGGCGUCAUGGAGGCGGCGGUGGGUGCCGAAGUCGAACCUGAGGAUGGCGACAGCAGCUGCGCGGACGUGUGCUUCAUGGACAAAGGCCUGCAGAGUAUAUCAGAGUUAUCUUUAGAUUCAUCCCUUCAUGCCAUCAAUCUGCAUUGUAAUAACAUCUCCAAGAUCACAUCCAUUGAUCACAUUUGGAACCUACGACAUUUAGAUCUGUCAUCUAAUCAAAUAAGUCGAAUUGAAGGACUGAACACACUGACAAAACUAUGUACUUUAAACUUGUCCUGCAAUUUGAUCACAAGAGUAGAAGGACUUGAAGCACUGGUUAAUCUGACUAGACUGAAUUUGUCUUAUAAUAAUAUAAAUGAUCUUAGUGGGUUGAUGCCUCUUCAUGGACUGAAGUAUAAACUUAGAUAUAUUGACCUACAUAGUAACUGUAUAGAUAGUAUCCAUCAUUUACUUCAGUGUACAGUAGGCUUGCACUUCCUAACCAAUCUUAUUCUAGAGAAAGAUGGAGAAGGUAAUCCUAUCUGUCUUGUACCAGGGUACCGAGCUAUCAUUCUCCAGACUUUGCCACAACUGAGGAUCUUAGAUUGCAAGAACAUAUUUGGUGAGCCAGUAAACUUGGAAGAAAUAAACUCAUCACGCCUACAGUGCUUCGAAGGACUUUUGGAUAACUUAGUUUCUUCUGAUUCCCCCCUGAAUAUAAGUGAGGAUGAGGUCGUUGACAGUAUGCCAAUGGCACCACCCAUGGACGUAUUACCUCCUUUGGAGCAGUUCACCAGCACACCAGAAGAGAAUGUUUUGACCUCGCUCUUAUCUGUGUGUCCAUCUUCUGAACCAGAAAAAAUUAAUCAUGAAAACGAUUUUCAGAAUGAAAUGAAACUUCAGAAAUUAGAUGAUCAAAUCUUACAGCUUCUCAAUGAAUCCCUCUUGGAGCAGUUAGACCAAGAGAGAGAGAUGAGGUGGAAAGCUGAGCAAGCUGAAAAGAAACUUAUGGAUUAUAUCGAUGAGCUGCUUAAGCAAGCAAGUGAGAAAAAAGAUGUUCACAGCCUGGCUCUCAUUACUACAGACAGGCUAAAGGAUGUUAUUCUUAAAGAGAGACAUUCCAAGGCUCAACUUGAAAUUAUAGUUCACAGACUUCAAAAUGAAGUUAAAAAGCUAACUGUUGAACUAAUGAAAGCACAAGAUCAACAGGAAGAUCACAUCAAACACUUGAGAACCCUGGAAAAAGCAUUGGAAAAAAUGGAGAAGCAGAAAGCACAGCAACAGCAGGCACAGAUGAGACUUAUCCAAGAGGUGGAGCUCAAAGCCUCGGCUGCUGAUCGAGAAAUAAACUUACUUCGAACUUCUCUUCACCAAGAAAAGGAGCAAGUGCAACAACUUCAUGAACUUCUGGCAUUGAAAGAAGAGGAACACAGGAAAGAAAUUGAAACUAGGGAGUUUUUCAGUGAUGCAGAGUUUCAGGAUGCAUUAGCUAAAGAAAUGUCCAAAGAAGAAAGAAAGCAUGAGCAAGAAGUAAAAGAAUACCAAGAAAAAAUUGAUAUAUUAAACCAGCAGUAUUUGGAUUUAGAAAAUGAAUUCCGUAUUGCUUUAACUGUUGAAGCCAGAAGAUUUAAAGAUGUUCAAGAUGGUUUUGAAGAUGUUGCAACUGAGUUAGCCAAGAGCAAACAUGCUCUUAUUUGGGCUCAACGCAAAGAAAAUGAAUCAUCAUCUUUAAUUAAAGAUCUGACCUGUAUGGUGAAGGAACAAAAGACAAAACUCUCAGAAGUCUCCAAAUUGAAACAGGAAGCAGCCGCGAAUUUACAGAAUCAAAUCAACACUCUGGAAAUUUUGAUUGAAGAUGACAAGCAGAAGAGCAUUCAAAUAGAAAUUCUUAAGCAUGAAAAAACGCAGCUUAUUUCUGAGCUAGCAGCCAAGGAGUCCCUGAUCUAUGGUUUAAGGACAGAACGAAAAGUAUGGGGACAUGAACUAGCACAUCAGGGAUCGUCACUAGCUCAGAGUCGUGGGAAAUUAGAAGCCCAGAUUGAAAGUUUAUGCAGAGAGAAUGAGUCUCUGAGAAAAAGCCAUGAGAGUGACUGUGAUGCCUUGAGAAUAAAGUGUAAAAUCAUCGAGGACCAAACUGAAACCAUCAGAAAAUUAAAAGAUUGCUUACAAGAAAAAGAUGACCAAAUCAAAUUAUUACAAGAAAAGAUCACUUUCGUAGAGAAAUGUACUCAAGAGCAACUUAAUGAAAAAUGUUCACAACUAGAUAAUGUGAUUGAAAAAUUAGAAAGACACAAUGAGAGAAAGGAAAAACUAAAACAACAGUUGAAAACAAAGGAAUUAGAACUUGAAGAAAUCAGAAAAGCUUACAGCACAUUAAAUCAAAAAUGGCAUGAUAAAGGAGAACUACUCUGUCAUCUUGAAACACAAGUAAAAGAAGUCAAAGAAAAAUUUGAAAACAAGGAAAAGAAACUUAAAGCAGAGAGAGACAAAAGCCUUGAGCUACAAAAGGAUGCACUAGAAAAGCUUCAAAGCAUGGAUGAUGCUUUUAAGAAACAAGUUGAUGCAAUUGUUGAAGCUCAUCAAGCUGAAAUAGUACAACUAACAAAUGAGAAGCAGAAAUAUAUUGAUUGUGCGAAUUUAAAGGUUCAGCAAGUUGAAGAAGAAAUGCGAGAACUUCUGGAAGAAACAUGCAAGAACAAAAAAAUAAUGGAAGGAAAAAUUAAGCAACUUGCUUGUGCUCUAAGUGAAAUUCAGAAAGAAAUGUGAUGUUUGUGGGAACAAAUUUAAUUGAAAUGGACCAACAGACCUAUUGUACAAAUAAUUAAAUACUGUAACCGUAGUAACUGCUAUGACUUUGAAAUGUCUCUUUCUACACAUUUCAUUAUGAAUUUUUAAGAGACUUGAUGAAAUAAUUGUAUGUGUAGAGUUUUUAUAAUAAACUAUUGAUAAUUAUAUAUAUUAGAAUGACCUAUCAUGAUAACUAGACUUCAAGCACUUUUUCUUGUCUUUGUCCUGUAUGUACCUUGUUGGUAAUUACACGUUUAUUUGCAGGUUUGUAAAGGAAGGUUAGAAUUUGAGUAAAGGAGAGAGGAGAGAAAGUAAUCAUUGUUGUUAACUUGUGCUAGUGCAGAACUAAUUAUAUUUAUAGGUUAUCCUUUAGUUGAUGUAGCUCUGUUCUUUCAAAGCAUCUAUAACAUGUAGCCAAAAAUUUAACAUCUAUAUGAUUAAAAAAAUAUAUAUAUGUUGUCAUUCAGAAAGCAGGUGUAGCUAUCUCCACAUGGUCAGUUUCCUCUUUUCUGGUAUUUUUGUUUCAUUAAAGAUGACAUUUAUACUUUUAUAAAUAUUGUCUGAUCUAGAAGAGCACUGCAUUCCUACCAUCAUCCACACUUUCAGUCACUGCAUGAAGAGACUUCUGACUUUGCAACUGGAAGCACUUCAUCUCCUAGCAUGUCCUGAGCUGCUGUG